UUCGAAUGUGCGCAGUCUCCGGUAGUACAACUUCCUGUUAUGAGAAGGUACGAUCAUACCAAUGCAUUAAAGACAGGCCUUUACGGGAUAGAUAAGUAUGCUUUUUUGUGCGCGUACGCUUAGGUCCACAAAAAGAUUUUUGCCAAAAAUAUUUAUUCAAGAUGUUAUGAACGUGAACCCCAAAUAUUUAAAAAUUCCACCGGUAAACUUAGAAGUUCAACACAGUAUCUUUCGCGUGUGUCGGUACACAUGGCUUGCAUCGCGGAGAAAUCAGUUGCACACUUCAGAUGUGCGGUUUUAUACAGAUAUUUACCGUAACACGAGUGAUAUAACUGAACACAGCUCCAGCACGUUGGAAGAGCAAAAAUACGCAGACUCGGAGACAGAGAAAGCCCCGAGACACCGUACCCAGCAUGUGUUUAACAUUGACGUCCUGGUGUCACUUCUCCGCCAGGAAAAUGCUGCCGAUAUCUGUGUUAUCAAAGUACCUAAGGAGAUAAAAUACACCGACUACUUUGUUGUUGUCAGCGGAUUUUCAACACGGCAUCUCCGAGCAAUGGCAUUCUACACGAUCAAAGUGUACAAAUACCUCAGGCAAGACAGCGAUCCACAUGUCCGAAUUGAGGGCAAGGAUACUGAGGAUUGGAUGUGCGUCGAUUUUGGUGACAUCGUGGUUCAUUUCAUGCUGCCAGAAACCAGGGAGGUCUAUGAGCUUGAGAAGCUGUGGGCUCUGCGGUCCUUCGACGAACAGCUGAGUGCCAUCCCACCAGAAACGCUUCCCAAGGAUUUUAUCUAUGAAGCAGAACUCCCAAAGUGACACAGCCACCUCUGUGGGGGGUGUUGGGUGUGUCUUUGUACUGCAGUCAAAGACAGUUAAAAUGUCAUGUUGGGAUUUGACCUUGGAUGUGAAUCACUUCACAGACGACUCCUUUUUGGACAGUAAUCCCUUGAUAGAGUUCAUUAACGGAACAGUUGUACAUCGGAGUGGGUGUUGCUCUUUAGCAGAUUUUGACCUGGAUGGAUGGCAUUUAUAUGCCGUUUGGUUGUCUGUACGUUUUGGCACACCAGUUUUGAGUAUUGUGACAGUUUAAGAGAAGUUCUACUUAGUAAGGUGAAUGGGCAAAGGAUUGUUUUAUUGAUUGUUUUUUUUUCCAGUUUUUGGUUUGUGGAUAUGGAUUUAAAUAAAAUAUUAACUCUA